AUGGAUCAACACAAUUUGGGUGAACCUACGGUACAAGAAAUGGACAUAGGUAAAGAAACAAAGAUUGAAUUGAAUCCAAUGAACACUCUGGUUAUUGUUAAUUCACCAAGUACUCAGACAACUCCUCCAUCCAAAGAACCUGAAAACACUCUACGAUGCGGGAGCUGUAUCACAGCCAAAGGAGAAGAAAGUUUGUGGUUAAUGGAGUUUGAUGGAAGUUGUGCAGUAUCAAGUUCAGGUGCAGGGGUAGUGUUAAUUGCGCCUUCUGGUACUCAUAUCCCUUUUUCUUUUAAAUUGGAGUUCAAGAACACAAACAAUGUGAUUGAGUAUGAGGCUUUAUUAUUGGGAUUAGCUGAAGCCAAGAAACUAGGAGUAAAACUUCUGCGAGUCAAAGGAGAUGCUGAGUUGAUUGUAAAACAUGUCAGAGGAUUGUUUAAUGUAAAAAAAGAAAGGCUGGAGCACUACCAAAAUAGAGUUUGUGAUGAAAUCGAAGAUUUUCAUGCAUUUUCCAUUUAG